UUCAACCGCAUAUUGUACUGUAAUAUUAUAUAAAAACACUAUGGCAGAGAAAAAGUUAGGAUCAAAACCUGAUCAGACUGAUGGAGGCUAUGGGUGGAUUAUCGUGAUAUCUGCGUUCUUUAUUGGAUUUAUUACCGACGGAUUAGUGUUCUCCGUCGGGAUUCUUUUGGUUGAGCUACUCGAACAUUUUCAGCAGGGCCGAGCAGCCACUGUGGCGAUUGCUUCUAUUAUGACCGGAGUUAUGCAUCUUGUAGGACCAGUUGUUGGCGCACUGACGGACAAAUACGGUUGUCGUGUUGUUGUUGUAGCCGGAGCUGUCAUCAGCUGUGUCGGAUUUGUUGCCAGCACUUUUGCAACUAGUAUACUUUACCUCUGUUUGUCGUAUGGCCUAUUAGCAGGUCUAGGAUUCGGGCUGAUGUAUAUACCUGCAGGAGUUUGUGUGAUACAACACUUCAACAAGCGCCGAACUCUAGCCAAUGGCAUCGCUGUGUGCGGAUCAGGCGUAGGAACAUUCGUGUUUAACCAGCUGACACGAGCUCUGAUAGACGAAUACAGUUGGAGAGGGACUCUUUUGUUGGAGGCAGGAAUUACGUUACAAGGAGCCGUGCUGGGACUUUUUUUGCUGCCACCUAAGGCUAAGAGAUUAAUCGGAUAUGACCAAAAUAUCGAAACACUGAUUAAUGAAGGUGACUCAAAAUCAACUUCAAGUAAUCAUAAUCCAUUAAGUAACUCCUCUAAAGCAUAUACUACCAACAACAAAGAUGAAAUCGGAACAGAUAUUGAAAAGACGUGUUUUGAAAUAGACACAGAUAUUCAUUGUAAAGAAGAUGCAUCAGCAGGAACAAGUACGAGCUCCUCUAAGCUCAGAACAACACUAGACUCGGUAUUGCACGUGGAUCUUCUCAAAGAUUUUAGGUGUUGGUUAUUUCUUAUGUCAGCUUUUACAUUUCAACUUGCCUUCACAAUACCGUUUAAUCUUAUACCUGACCAGGCCAUAGAGUCUGGUAUGACCAAACACCAAGCUGCUUGGCUAACCUCUUCAAUAGGAAUAUCAAACACCGUCAGCCGUGUCUGUUUUGGUUGUCUAGGAGAUAUGCGGUGUAUCAAUAGAAUGGUGCUACUAGAGAUAAUUUUGUUGUUGGCUGGGGUUUCCACUGGGUUGUCAGUCCUGCUCACAUCAUUCGAGCUGAAAAUAAUAUACACAAGCUUGUAUGGCUUUCUUGUCGGUGGAUAUGUGACAUUGUGCACGGUGGUUCUGGCUGAUUUGUUCGGUGCAGAAAUUAUUGCAAAGUCGUUCGGACUUCUCAUGUUUUUCAUUGGAGUUUCUGGAUUUAUUUCUACGCCUCUUGGAGGUUUGCUGUUUGACAUGACGGGGAAGUAUGACGCUACAUUCGUCGUCGCCGGUGUUGAGUUUAUCAUAGCAGCAUUUCUUUUACUUUUACUGAAAAUUUUGUCAAAUAAAAAAAGAAAAUUGUGAUCCGUGA